GACAAAAUGAACAAUCUGACUUCCAUGUCCACAGUUCUGCUGCUGGGAUUCUCAGAUGCCCAAGAACUACAGCUUUUACAUUUCUUUUUGUUCAUAGUGCUGUAUCUGAUGGCAGUAACAGGGAAUCUUCUCAUCACCAUUGCCAUAAUCGUUAACUAUCACUUGCAUAUCCCUAUGUACUUCUUCCUGCUCAAUUUGGCCAUGGUAGACCUUGGCGCAGUUUCAGUCAUAGUCCCCAAAUCAAUGGCUGUAUCCCUUAUGGAUGACAGGUCCAUUUCUUAUUCUGGAUGCGUUGCUCAAGUUUUCUUUUAUGUAUUGUUUGCAUCUUCUGCUUUAAUUAUCCUAACUAUAAUGGCACAUGAUCGCCAUAUUGCAAUCUGCAACCCACUUCAGUAUGAAAGAAUUAUGCACCAAGGAACCUGCCUGAAGAUGAUGGCCACUGGGUGGAUAGUUAGUGUUUUUAAUGCCAUCUUGCAUACAGGUGGCACCUUUGCAAAUACCUUUUGUUCUAAUCGUAUCAGUCAAUUCUUCUGUGAAAUCCCACAUUUAUUAAAGCUUUCUUGCUCUGAUAUUUAUUUAGUUGAAGUUGGGUUUCUUGCACUAAGCUCUGGUGUAGUACUAGCAUGCUUUGUCUUUAUUAUCAUAACAUACCUGAAGAUCAUUGCAACUGUGCUGAGAAUCCCAUCUGUACAUGGUCGGAAAAAAGCUUUCUCCACUUGCAUUCCUCACCUCACUGUUGUCUCUUUUUAUGUGUUGACUGCAGUCUUUGCUUAUGUAAUUCCACCCAGUGAUGUUUCUAUGCAUAUGGCUUCUGCUGUAAUGUAUUCUAUAAUUCCUCCCACACUGAAUCCUUUCAUCUACAGCAUGAGAAACAAUGAGAUCAAGGCUGCUUUAUGGAAACUCUUAAAAUUGGUGUUUUUCUCUAAAAAGUUUACCAAGAUUGCUUUCUGA